AUGAAUAAACAUUUAAAUGUUAACAAAAAAAAAAAAAACAGAAAAUACAAAGAGAAGAAUGUGAAAGGUUACGAUUUCAAGAAAAGGGGCAAUAGCUUCAAAAAUAAAAAGGCAAAAUUAAAGAAGGGAAAUUUCGGUAUAAAUUAUAACUGGAAGAGUAAAAUUAAGAACACAUAUGUGAAGGGAGAAAAGAAAAGUAGUAGUAAAAGAUUUAACAAUUUUGUGCUUAACAACAAUGAAAAUCAUAGAAGAUUAUUUACCGAUGAGAUUGAGCAUAUGCUGAAUAAUGUUGUAGAAAAUAAAAUACAUUUAAAGAAAAUAGAUGAAAAUUUUAUAGUACAUUUAAAAAGAAUUUACGAUUUGAGCGACACAUGGUUUUUCUUAAAAAAAGGUUUGGAACAUAUUGUUUCAAAAUAUGUUUUAAAAAAAAAGAAAAAAAAUUUGCAAUACGAUAACAUAAAUUUGUAUGUAAAAAAAUUGUAUAAUAGCAAACGGAAUAAGAGCAAUCUAGAUAAUGAAAAUUUAAAAGAGGAUGAAGAAAUAAAGCUGCAAUAUGAAAAAGAGGAGGAUCAUAACACAAAUACAUCUUUUCAACAAAAGCUCCUUUUUGUUGACAUAGAGGAAAAAAUGUUUGAUUUUGAUGAGGAAAAAGACGAAAAUGUGUUAAAUGAGAAAAUUUGGAAAAGUAAAAUAAAACUUUUGUUAAAACGACGAAUUUCAUCGUCAAGAGGAGAAAAAAUAAAUGGAAGUGUAAACAUAAACGAUUCCAAUGAAAACUCCAGUGCAAUUGAAUGCAGUAGCAUACCUAUGUAUCUGAGGCAACUGUACGCUGUAAGAAGCGAAGUGAGGAAUGUCAAUAAUUCUUACGGUAGCAGUAAUGAUAGAAGCAACAGUAGAAGCAACAAUAGCAGACACAACAGCAGCUACUGUAGAAACAGUAAUAGUUAUAGCACCUUCAGGAACAACAAUGUGAAUAUAAAACUACUGCUUAGAAGGAAAGUAGACAUGAGCGAUGUGUACAAUUUAGUGUAUGAUAUCGGUCUGAGCAUUAUUUAUGAUAACUACAGAAUUUUUUUAGAAAAGCACGCGGAGGAUGAAGAAAAAAUUCAUUUAGAAAUAAUCUAUAACAAAAAUAACAUUUUUAGCGAUAGAAUUAAUAAUAUGGUCAUAUUAGUGAAAAAUAACCCAUUAAUAUAUAUUGUAUAUGUAAAAAUUUUAAUUGAUUUUUAUAAUAAUAGGGAAGACAUAUUUAUAAAAAAGUCCAUCCUCGAAUGUUUGAAACAUAUAUUUAUGUUUGUUUUACCAAAUGAUAAUUUACAUAAUUUUGAGCAGAACAACAAGAGUAUUAUGAACUACAUUUUAAAUAUAUUGUUCAGCAGAUUUAAUUUUAAGGAAUAUAAUUUUUCUUCGUUUUAUUUUUUUUUUAAUGCUUUAAUAUAUUUGUACUCUUUCGAAAAUUUUAUCAAGAAAUUAUAUUUGCAGUAUAUUUUUAUGUUAAAAAAUGCCAUGUAUAGCUUGAUACCUAGUGUAUUUUAUUUAUCAGCUAAUAUUAUAAAUGAAUUUUGUUUAAAAAAGAAAGAAAAGAAAUUUGCAAAAUUAAAUAUCAUAUUAGAAGGUUAUAUAAUGCUUAAUAAGGGAAAUCCAUUGCUAUUAAAUUUUUUAAAACAUUUAAUAACUAUAGAAAAUGUUAGAAGUUAUAUUGCUUUUUAUUUUUUUAAUAAAAUAUUAUCGAAUUUGAGAUUUUGUGUUGAUCAUAUUGUUCAAUGGUUGAAGAGCAGAAAUAAGAGAAAAAAUAUAAUAAAUGAAAAAUUAAAAAGUGAUAUUUUAAGUAUUACCAGAUGUUUAUACGUUUUAUAUAAAAUAAAUACGAAUUCACUUAAUGACAUUACGGAAAAUAUUAUAUACUUUUCAACAUACCUUUUUGAAAUAUUUUCAAAAAAUGUAUAUGAGUUAUUUGAAAAAAAAAAUAUAUUAUUGAGUGAAUGGAGCACACAAAAAAUGAGUUAUAUAAUAUGUAAGAGCACUGAUACGGGGUAUUUUGAAGACGUAAAAAAUUACAACAUAUCUGACCAUAGCUUAGGAGCUCAUGAUUUGACGUAUGAUGAAACAGAGGAGAUGCCUGAGAAGAACGGUAUUCCAUUUAAUGGAACAGAUAGUAGAAAUACACAUAUUAACGAAUUUACAAAUCAUAAAGAAAAAGUUAAGUUGUGUAUGAAGGAUGAUUUGCUUAGCAAUACUAGAAAUAACAAUAGUAAUAGAAACUACAAUAAUAGUAAUUACAAAAAUGGUAGUAAUAAUGAUGAUGAUGCGAAUCGUUCGUGUGAUCGUAGCAGUGCUGCGCUUUCACGCAAUAUUAGUUUUUCACCACAUGAGAAUGGCAAAAGAGUAAAUAUAAAUAAUGAGGAAUAUAACAGUGUUUGUAAUUCGAGUGGUAAUUAUAAAUGCAUAAAGGAGGCGAAGCUGAAUAGCAACCGUGCUUCUAAUCACAGAAGCGAAGAAUUUGGGUCCCGGAAGAAUGAGAAAAAUAUGAAUAGUACAAAUGACGAAUGGAGUAAUAAUAUGAAAAUAAAAGAUCAUAACGAAACUGUGAGAGAUGCAAACAACGUGACCAUGAAGAAGGAAGAAAAGAAAAAAAAGAAGAGCGAAAAUCAAAAAAAGAAAAAAAAAUUAGAAGAAAAUAUUUUUACCAAGUACUGUUUAUAUGGUUACUUAAGUAAAAAAGUUCUUAAGCUGUUAUCCAGUAUAUUGGUUAAAAACAUUUAUUUCAUAAUUUAUAACAACUGUAUAAUGUUAAAAAGUCGUAAUAAUAGUAGUUUUAGCAGUAGAGGAAGGAGCUUAAACGAAUCAGCAGAAAAUCAGUACUUGAAUAGUUUAAAUUUCUUGUCCUUACUGAAAAUUAUAAAGAAUGUGGAAUCGUAUAAAAUUAAAAUAAAUUUUCUAGUUAUUAUGUUUCUUUUGUUAUAUUCCUCACAACAAAUAGAUGACAAUGUAUACUGUUUUUAUUAUAGUAUAUUAAGAAAUCUAAAUUAUUAUGAGAGUGAACAUACGUACAGUUUUUAUAGCUUACUAACGGUAUUAAUUUUAACAGAUAAUAAUUUAAUGAGGAAUGUUAGUUUUAUAAAAAGAAUAUUUCAACAUAGUAUUCAUUCUAAAGAAUCCAGUGCUCAUUUAUUUUCAUUAAUAAUGAUAAGAUAUAUAAUUUUUAAAAAAAACUUAUUAAUGAAAUAUUUAUAUAAUGAUGAAAAUAAAUUAUAUGAACAAAAUAUGGAUUAUGUGAAAAAUACUUAUAUAAUAAAAUUUAAUAAGUAUCAUAAAGGGGAAGAUACAAAAAUUAAUGAUCGAUUAUUUGCUUAUAAUAAAUCAUUAAAUAAUCCACUAGAUGCUAACUCUAUACUAACUCAUUUAUAUGAAUUUUACAAUUAUUCAACAUUGUUAAAUGAUAAUUUUAAGCAUGUCUUAUUCGAAUUUAGAAAUAUAUCAGUCUUUAACAACGAAGCGUAUGAAACAAAAAAAUACCAUUUGAUUAAAAGUAGUUCCAUUAAUAGGUAUGGUGAUAAGAUAGCAUAUGAUCCAAAUGGAAGGAAAAGUCGUGAAAACGCGUCAAUCGUAAAUGGUAAAUUAGGAAAAGAGUGUGUACUUAGCUCCAAGGGAUAUAAAAACAAUGCCGUAAAUGGCCAUAUUAUUGGCGAAGAUGACGAUAUUAUAAUUAAUAUAGGCAGGAGGAACUAUGGUUCGAAUAAAGAAGAUCGAGCGAGUGGCAAAAAGGACGACGUGAGAAAUAAUGAUGGUGUACCUGGUUAUCUAUGUCCAAGCAAAGGUGAAGGGAUUGAUCAUUUGCAAGAAAAUGUGCAAGGUAAUUUGCAAGUCAAUUCGCAUGGGCAGUCGGAUAAGCAGUCGCAUCACAAUUUGGGUAAGUAUUCUCAUAAUUACUCCUACACAACCAGUACAGUUAUUAACAUAAUGGAAAAAUUAUCGCAAAAAUAUAAAAAUGCAAAGAUUCAAACGAAUGUACUUAAUAUUUUUAAUAAUUUUAUCCAUGACUCUUGCAUCAAUGGAAAGAGAGAUGAAACAAAGGAAAUAAAUAAGGUCAAGUCAAAAUUAAUGGAUAAUAUGUAUCAGAAAUAUUUUUAUGAUAUUCUAUAUUCUUAUAAUAACAAUAGUUUUAAGAAAUUUAAAGAUAAGUAUGAAGUUAAAAAGAAACAAGGAGAUGAUGGUGAUGCUUCAGCGUCAUCUAUUGAUGAGGAACAGGAAGAAGAUGAAUUUUUAGACGAUUUUAUAACUAAAAAUUUUGACAUAGAUAAAAACCUAGAUGACGAUGUAUUGUAUCAUAAUAAGCUAUAUAAAAGCAAAAAGAAAAAAAGAAAAAACGAUGAACAAAACAAUUUUUCGAAAGAUGAAAAAAACGUUAAACACUUUUCCAAAAAGAAAAAAGUUAAAGAAGGGAACGAACGCACAGAUGAUAUACUAGAAUUUUCGGAUUUUGCUAAACUAAAAAAAAAGAAAAAAAAAAAAAGAGAUAAAUAG